AUGGAAGAAUUCGAUUUAUUGAAUCAAACUUCAGAAAAUAAAAAUACUCAAGAAGAUGAUUUAUUCGGAUCAGGAAAUUUGGACAAUACAGCACCUACUAAUACAUUCAAUACCAACCAACAAGAAGAUCUUUCUUGGGAUAUUGGAAACGUUUCAUCUAAUGCAACAACAGAACAAUUUGAUAUGUUAGGUGGUGAUAUAUUAAAUAAUUCAAGUUCAGUUCCACAAGUAUCAUCAUUUGAUAGUGAUAUGUUUACAACUCAAUCGAGUACCGAUACAUUAGAUUCAUCUUCAACAACAAAUUCAUCACCGACAUCAAAUAAUGAUAGAACAGAACAACAAUCAGAUAAUUCAUCAUUUGGUAUGUUCUCAAAUCCUGUAUCAUCAACUGAAAGUGUAUCUCCUUUACAAGCAUAUAAUGCUCGUCGUCAACAAGAAAUAACGGAAAAAGAUGUUGUCGAACAACGAAAUAUUGAAGAAUUACGAAAACAAGCUAAAACUGAUUUAGAACGUUGGUAUCAAGAUCGUCAAAAGCAUAUGGAACAAAAACGACAAACAAUGAAAAGUGAAGAAGAACUUUUUCGUACAAAAGCAUUAGAACAAAGUGAUAAAACAUCAUGUGAUUGGUCGAAAGUUAUACGUUUUCUUGAAUUUUCACAAGGUACACAUUUAAUAAAAGGUAAACGUGAUUUAAAUCGAAUGAAAAGUACUAUUAUGAAUGCUACACGUGAUAGAAUAAAACGAACAUCAGAAAAUAGUGCUUAA